GGCAAUGCGCCACUCGUCGUUCUCGCCGGCUUCUUGCACGACGUACACGCGAUCCUGAGCCAUUGUCAUCAAUCUCUCUCCCAAUACUUGCAUCAACGAACGAAAGUAAUCUUACCAAUCGACCAAAAUGUGUGAUGAUGAUGUUGCGGCACUAGUUGUGGACAAUGGAUCUGGUAUGUGCAAGGCUGGAUUCGCGGGGGAUGAUGCUCCACGCGCCGUGUUUCCCAGUAUCGUCGGCCGCCCUCGUCAUCAGGGUGUGAUGGUCGGAAUGGGUCAAAAGGACAGCUACGUCGGUGACGAGGCCCAGAGCAAGAGAGGCAUUUUGACCUUAAAGUAUCCUAUAGAACACGGUAUUAUCACUAAUUGGGAUGACAUGGAAAAGAUAUGGCAUCACACCUUCUACAAUGAAUUACGUGUCGCUCCCGAGGAACAUCCGGUUCUUCUCACCGAGGCACCUUUAAAUCCGAAAGCUAAUCGUGAAAAAAUGACGCAGAUCAUGUUCGAAACUUUCAACAGCCCGGCCAUGUACGUCGCCAUCCAGGCCGUCCUUUCCCUGUACGCCUCUGGUCGUACCACCGGUAUCGUCUUGGACUCUGGUGACGGUGUCUCUCACACCGUACCCAUCUACGAAGGUUACGCCCUUCCUCAUGCCAUCCUCCGUCUGGACUUGGCUGGUCGCGAUCUCACCGACUAUCUCAUGAAGAUCCUCACCGAGAGAGGCUACAGCUUCACCACCACGGCUGAGCGAGAAAUCGUUCGCGACAUCAAGGAGAAACUCUGCUACGUCGCUCUGGACUUUGAACAGGAAAUGGCCACCGCUGCCGCCAGCACCUCUCUCGAGAAGAGCUACGAGUUGCCUGAUGGUCAGGUCAUCACCAUUGGUAACGAGAGGUUCCGCUGUCCCGAGGCUCUCUUCCAACCAUCCUUCCUUGGGAUGGAAUCCUGUGGCAUCCACGAAACUGUCUACAACUCCAUCAUGAAGUGCGACGUCGACAUUCGCAAGGACCUUUAUGCCAACACUGUCCUCUCCGGUGGUACCACCAUGUACCCCGGUAUUGCCGAUCGUAUGCAGAAGGAAAUCACUUCUCUCGCACCUUCGACCAUCAAGAUCAAGAUUAUCGCUCCACCUGAAAGGAAAUAUUCCGUAUGGAUCGGCGGUUCCAUCCUGGCCUCCCUGUCCACCUUCCAGCAGAUGUGGAUCUCCAAACAAGAGUACGACGAAUCUGGCCCUGGUAUCGUCCAUCGCAAAUGCUUUUAAAGACACAUCGCCAAGGGUCAACCAAAUAUAUUACUAUGACUCUUUUCUUUCUCUUCUUUGUCUUCUCUCUCACGUCGUAUUUAAAAUUACAUUAAA